CCAUUUGCCACUUGAGCGCGCGACUGACGUACGUGCUCGUGACCAACAAGGAAAAAGUCAAGUGAAGGAAUCCAUGCGCUUCGCGCUCGCGCCAAGUACGCAUACCUGACUCGAGGAGGAGUUGCCGGACUUAAAGGUUCGACGCGGGGAGGGUUUGACGGCCGCAGACUAUCGAGCUCAGUGCCACAGGUGGUGCGUCCAAACUGGACAACGCCAAUAUGGACGACAUGACAGUCGAGCAGAUCGCCGCCAGGGCCAACCAAGUGACUGAUGAGUCGCUGGAAAGCACUCGUAGGAUGCUGCAAAUGGCCGAGGAGAGCAAAGAGACUGGUGUCAAAACCAUGGUGAUGUUGGACCAGCAAGGAGAGCAGCUGAAUCGUGUGGAGGACGGCAUGGACCAGAUCAAUCAAGAUAUGAGGCUGGCUGAGAAGAACCUGACAGACCUCUCAAAGUGCUGCGGCCUUUGUAUCUGCCCAUGUAACAGGGUGUCGUCCAUCGAGAACGACUCGCGGUACAAACGCACGUGGGGUAUCGGAGGAGGACUAGACGGCGAAGGCACAGACGGCGUUCCAAAAGUUGUCGCCAAACAGCCGGCGGGCAUUCGCAACGGUCAGCCAGCUCAGGUCAACGCGCCUCCACCCACCGGACCUUACAUUAAGAGGAUAACCAACGACGCUCGCGAAGACGAAAUGGAGGAAAAUCUAAACGCAGUCGGUGGCAUCAUUGGCAAUCUGAAAUCUAUGGCGAUGGACAUGGGGAAUGAGAUCGACAAGCAGAACAAACAGAUUGACCGGAUCACUGACAAGGCGGACAUGAACAAAGUGCGCAUCGAUGAGGCCAACCAGAGAGCCGCCAAGCUCAUCAACUGAUGCAACAACACGCACACACGCACAAACAGCCGCGCAAGAACAGUCAUCUUGCUGAGCAGAGCGCCAAAUCAAAGACAGUUACAAGACCGGUUAAAAUUUUGACAAUUUUUCUUUGAAGUAUCUGUAAACAUUUGACUACUUUUCAAAAUGGCCACCCCCUCAUACCAAAAACUCAUUGGAUUAUUGAAGUCUAAAUCCUAAAAAUGGCCUUUUUAUAUGUUUUUAACACAUUGGACAAUGUGUAAUUAUUAUAUGUGUAUUUUUGAAUGAUGCAUCUAUUUAAUUCUUUCAAGCAGAGCUGUGAAUAAAAUCAUCUCUCCUUCCUGUCCCCCUUUUACAUUUCUAACGAUGUUAACUCAUUAGCUGCCAUUGACGGCGAUAGUCCGAUCCAUUUGAACAGGAUUAGACGUUUUUUGCCGUUAAUGGCGCCAAACACCGAAGCGGAAUGCAAUGUAAAUAUCCUUGUUAUUAAUUAGCAUGCUAGCAUUCAGAUCUUGUGAUCAGGGCCCAGUUGCUUCAUGUGUAAAUAUGUUCACUUUGUAGCUAGUCUGACCUGAGAUCAGCUGCACUAUGUUUGAAUAAUUCAGCUGCACUAUGUUUGGAAAAUUCUUGACUGCAUUGUACGCCGUAAUAAAGAUAUUCCAGGUA